UGGGCUCUGUGGGGGAACCUGGGCCUGGGCUCCACCCAGCCCGGCUCGGCACUGAGGGCCCAGGGAGGUUGUGGAGGCAGCCAGGGUGGUGCAUCCUCACCGACAGGGCGAGAAGGGCCUCAGAGCUUCUUCAGAGAAGGGUGUAGGUGAGAGGCCGGGCGGGGGGAGAAGUCCCAAUCAGGGAGCAGUAACUGGCAAAACCAGCAGCCUGGCUGCCACCAGCACAGACUUCAGAGAAGAGGGGAGGGACUCGAGAGCUCAAAAUCCCUUUUGGAGCCAGAGUGAGUCCAGUGGGAAGUCAGCGGAAGCCGGAGAAUCCCUGGGGGGACCUGAGCCCUCUGCCAGGCCUGGCCCUGACCUGCCCAGCCUGGGUGCUCCCUCCUUUCCCUGGUCUGUGAGCUGGUCCCCGCCCCGAGCUCUGAGCUCUGACCCCGGGAUCUGAGGCCCUGGCUGUCCCCAGCUGCUCUGGGAGGGCCUGGCACCUGACUCCCAAUGGGGAGAGAUGAGCAGAGGGGACUCAACACCCAGACCGGAGGCCCGGCCACUCCCCCAAGCUCUGACAGGGGCUGUGGUUGUAAUUAGCUCCUCACACGUUGUCCCUGGGGUUGUUUUUAAGCCUCAUUCUUCCCUGGUUUCUUUUUAAAGUAACACUGGCACGUGGCUGGCCGGCUGCCCUUCCCAGGUGCCUGAGCCAAUUCGGAGCAGGGCGAGAUGUGCCCCCCUCUCAAGGUCCCCCACUGAGUGGCAGAUUAGCCAUUCCCCGACCGGACCGCGUGGCUCCUGGGUCCCGCCUGCAGCAAGCGGGUGGGCUGGUACCAGAAGACCCCUGGGAGACUCCCCUGUCUCCCUCCUGCCUAUGAUGCCACGUUGCGCGACCUUGACCAAGUCACCUCACCUGUCCCAGCUUCUUGUCGUCAUUUCUCAAUGGGAUGAGUGAUAGUGACACUUGCCUCACUCACUGACAAAACACUCUAAAGUGAGCAAUAAACUGAAAUGAUGCACAAACAUCAAGGAACAGUAUGAUUAACUCCCAUACAAACACGCUGCCCCCCACUCUCCACUGAGUCCCCUCCAAGUCACUUUUUUCUCCCUGGAGGAAUGACUCCCAGCCUGGGACAGUCUCCUCUCUGCCAGUCAUCCCCUCCCCACCCGCUCUGAGACCCCCCUUCCACAUCCUCGGUCUGGCUGACCUCUGCUCCAGGCUGCCUUGGGUGGGGGGAGCACAGAGCCAGCUGGAGACAGUAUGGGGCAGAGCCCAGCUCUGCAUUUACUUGCUGUGUGACCUUGAGCAAGUGCUUGACCUCUCUGUGGCUCAGUUCCUGCAUCUUUAAAUGGGAAUAAUGACAGUACCUACUGAUAGGGUUGGUUGAGGAUUAAACUCGGUACAUAUAUUAGGUUGCUUACAGCAGUUCCUGGCACAUAGUAAGGGCACUAUAAAUGUUAGCUAGUAUUGUUUUGAAUUGGAAAAGAGGAGCAGUGACAGAGGCAUUUAAUCAUUUGAAUAAAGUCAAGUGCAGAGAGAGCCAGCUCACCCAGAUCCCACAACGGGGUUGGGGCUGGAGCAAAGGACAACACUGCAAGUGGCAGCUGGAGAGAGCUGGGUCCUGGGGACGCUGCCCAGCUUGGAGCUCUUGGCACCAUAAAAAGCAAGCUCAGGACACCAAUGCAUAAAUAGGCAGCCUCUAUAGGCCACAGGAGCCAGGAAGUCAUCGUACUCUUAAACCCCAGCCUGGCCGAUCUCGUGCCAAUUCUGGGCUGUGAACAGUGGUGCUCGCAGAGAGUCCAGAAGACAGAGGGGUGGCAGAGGCCACUGGAAAGGCUGGGAAAUCAGAGGUCAGAAGAGAGCAGCCGGCCCGGAAGGGCUGGGCCACCCAGAGAUGGGAGAUCAAAGAAUCUCAACGUCAGAGACCUGGAGGAAGGACCUUAGAGGUUUCUGAUGCUACAAAGGAGCAUUUCCCAAACUGUGCUUCGAGAAACACUUGUCCCGAGGUCGCACCAUGAGAAAAGUGCUCCGAGGUCAAGCUACGGGCACGCGGCGCCCAGCACCGAUGGCGGCAAGGUGUUCUGCAUGUUCUACGCGCUGCUGGGCAUCCCGCUCACGCUCGUCAUGUUCCAGAGCCUGGGCGAGCGCAUCAACACCUUCGUGAGGUACCUGCUGCACCGCGCCAAGAAGGGGCUGGGCAUGCGGCGCGCCGACGUGUCCAUGGCCAACAUGGUGCUCAUCGGCUUCUUCUCGUGCAUCAGCACGCUGUGCAUCGGCGCCGCCGCCUUCUCCCACUACGAGCACUGGACCUUCUUCCAGGCCUACUACUACUGCUUCAUCACGCUCACCACCAUCGGCUUCGGCGACUACGUGGCGCUGCAGAAGGACCAGGCGCUGCAGACGCAGCCGCAGUACGUGGCCUUCAGCUUCGUCUACAUCCUCACGGGCCUCACGGUCAUCGGCGCCUUCCUCAACCUCGUGGUGCUGCGCUUCAUGACCAUGAACGCCGAGGACGAGAAGCGCGACGCCGAGCACCGCGCGCUGCUCACGCACAACGGGCGGGCGGGCGGCUGCGGCGGCGGCGGCGGCGGCAGCGCGCACACCACGGACACCGCCUCGUCCCCGGCGGGCGGCGGCGGCUUCCGCAACGUGUACGCCGAGGUGCUGCACUUCCAGUCCAUGUGCUCGUGCCUCUGGUACAAGAGCCGCGAGAAGCUGCAGUACUCCAUCCCCAUGAUCAUCCCGCGGGACCUCUCCACGUCCGACACGUGCGUGGAGCAGAGCCACUCGUCGCCGGGAAUGGGCGGCCGCUACAGCGACACGCCGUCGCGCCGCUGCCUCUGCAGCGUGGCGCCGCGCUCCGCCAUCAGCUCGGUGUCCACGGGCCUGCACAGCCUGUCCACCUUCCGCGGCCUCAUGAAACGCAGGAGCUCCGUGUGAACGCCCCGAGGGGCCCGGAGCGCCUGGGGGUGCGGGCGGGGGGCUCCUGCGGGGAGAAGAAACCGCCUUCAGCCCAGUGGGACGCCCCCAACACCCCUCUCCUCUCUCCCCCAGCCCCCCAUCUCCGACUGUGCCUGCUCGCACCAGCCGGCAGGAGGCCGGGCUCUGAGGACCCCUGGAGCCCCCAUCCGAGCCCUGAAAAUUCCGAGAAAUGUGAAACUUGGGGGGGUCCGGGGGGAAGGGCAGAAGCUGGGAGCCUCCCAUCCCUUUGGAAAUCUAAGAAGCUCCCCAGUCCUCAGAGACCCUGCUGGUACCCAGAGCCCCGCCUCCGGAGGGGACUCCAUGUUCCGUGUACGUUUGCAUCUCUAUUUAUACCUCUGUCCUGCCAGGUCUCCCACCUUCCCUUGGCUCCAAAAGCCAAGGUGUCUUUGUCCAGGUCACCCCACUCAGUCCCACUCCCCUUUCCCAUCCCCGGCUGUGUCUCCCAACCUCCCACUACCUUUGUGUUGUUUUGCAUGGCUUUGCAGUUAUGGAGAAAGUGGACAUCCAGAAGUCCCUAAAGCUAGUCCCCAGAGGGCAGAACAGAAAGCAGGUAGGACAGGCAGGCAGCAGGAGGGGCCAGGGGAGUGGGGGAGGCAGUGGCUCCCCACUCUGUAGGGUGGUCGCACUGGUAGGUGACAGCUUAACUGUCCUCUGGCCACAUUCUCAUGGGGGGUGGGGGGAGCUCAGCCUUCUAGACACUGCCCUCGUAUUCUAGAACAGAAAACUUCAGACUAGUCAUCCCCAGCUGUUGCUGAUAAUUUAAUUACCAGCUCUUAAAUUUGGGAAGUGAUUUUUGGCCUCCGAAAAGUCUAUCUUGGCUACUCAUUCAUUUGAGUCUCACAACAGCCCAGUGAGGUCCCCAGUGCAGGAAUUCUUAUUCCCACUUUACAGAUAAGAACACUGAGGCCCAGACAGGUGAAGUGACUUGCCCGAGGUGAUACAGAUAGCAAAAGGCAAAGGGGGACAAGAGCCCAGCCUGUUCUUUUGUGCUUUCCUUCCAGCUCAACCUGCUCUUGAAAGCUAAGCUCCUGCCCUACACACCCUGGCGUUGUGGGUGGCUGGGGCUUAAACCAGAACCAAAGGCCCAGGGCUUGGCCACUGCUGAGGCACAGCUUCUACUGCUCUUGGCCAGGAGCCAGGGCUCUGGCAUAUUGGUGGUGUGGGGGCAUUUCUCUCUGGGCUUCCUGAUUAUAAACAAGGAAGUCCUUGGGACCAAGGUAAGGAGGGCUGGGUCUCAUGGAAGGAAGGCCAGGAGCUGGGGCUCUAAGAGUUGGCAGAGUGGCCAAGAGAGCUGGCAGGCCUAUCCUAUGGGACAUCAUCCCUGGCCCCACAGCCAGUGUUGGUGCCUGUGUCCCUAGUAGCUAGAGUUGAGCUGAGACUGCGGCAGGGAACAGCCUCCCAGGUGAGGGAGGUUUUGGACCUGGUGUGCCCUCUGCCCACCCCUCCUGCAACCCAGAACCCAGAUGAAGGGCAGCAGAUGGAGGUGAUGCCUGAGGCUCACUACUGGGGACCCACAGGUAAAGCUGGCAUAGUGGCCAGGCCAGCAUCAAAGGGCAGAUGAGGAACCUCUCCUCCUGCAGUACUGCCCUCCCAUGCUGUCCCCCUGUCAGCUCCCUAACACCGCCAGCAGUGCCAGCCCUGGCAUUCAGGGAAGCUGGAGGGAGGGGCCUGCAGGGUGGCCAGCCUCAGGCCGGCCCAGCCGCAUCCUCUAGUCUCUGGGGACCCCUGGGGCGAAGAAGUCUAGCCUGUGUGUGAGUCCUGUCUCAGUGUGGAGGAGCUGGCCGCCCACGUGCCAGGAGAGCAGGGCCCGCACCUGGGGUGCCCUCUGUGUUUACGUUGGGGUGGGGGGCAGUGCUGGCUGCCUCUGUCCUGUGUGUGACCCUGCCCUCGAGGGGUCCUGUCCCGUCAUUCCCGAGGGAGCCACAACCAAAGUUGCAGAGAGACGGUGGGGAAGGAGGCAGAAUGGCCCCGGGGCAGCGCGCGGCAGACUGCUCAGUCUCCGCUGGGGUCUUUCCUAGGGAACUGGAAGGCCAGUGUCGCUUCUCCCUCACCCCUCCCACUGCAGGCAGCCUCUCUGCUUCCCCAAUGCCUUAUGCCUGGGCACACUGCCACAGAAUAUGCAAUAUGUGUGGGCGACAUGCCCCUGCGCCCACACCCCCACCCCGGGCAGCCCCUGGACUCCAAAGGCUGUGGCUGCCAAGGCCUCCCCUCAGCUCCUCCUGCCUAUCUGUCUUCACACUGAGAAUGGCGCCUAAUAAAUGCUGUCCACGGAGACCAGG